UUGUGCAUUGAUUUUGUGCAUUGGUUUUGUGCAUUGAUUUUGUGCAUUGGUUUUGUGCAUUGAUUUUGUGCAUUAAUUUUGUGCAUUGAUUUUGUGCAUUGAUUUUGUGCAUUGAUUUUCUGCAUUGAUUUUGUGCAUUGAUUUUCUGCAUUGAUUUUGUGCAUUGAUUUUGUGCAUUAAUUUUGUGCAUUAAUUUUGAGUAAUUUUUUUGGCGACAUUCAAAAUGGCGACAGCAACAGACAAUCAAGUUCUGAAAAUCGUCUUUCAGACGUUUGAAAAUGGUUUUACGGCUAAGGAUGCAACAGCGGUGAAAAUUUCAGACAAAAAAGUCAAAUGGCGAAAUAUCGUCUUGAAUGUGGACGCAGUGACCACCUCACCAGAGGCAACUAUGGCCGCGAUUAAUGAAGAGAAGAAGGAGGGAGUUGCUCCUCUCAUUUUAUUAUAUGGGAGAAGCCCGUCCGGCAAAUCUGCGACGGUCUUCGGGCGACCAGGAGUUCAGUUUCGGGGCCUGGCGUAUGAAUGGUUUGGGGCAGAAGUGACCGUCGGAGUUGAGGUCAUGGAAUAUCGAGACAAUUUGUACCGGGACCUCGUCCUUGGCGGCGACUGGUUUCAACGCCCAGUCCAAAAUCUGGCGGUGUCUACUUUGGAGAAUUUGCCUACCAUUAUUGAAAGAAGGGCAACGGCCAAGACCGGCUGGAAUUCCAAGUCAUCCCGGAGCUUUAUCUCUAUCACUUUGUUCGAUGAACAAAAUGAAGAAAGCCGUGUUACUAUCAUAGACAUGCCGGGGACUGAAAACAGGACGGCACUUGACGGACAAGGUUAUUCGAAAGACGAAAUGGACAGAUUAAAAUUAAAUUCUACAUUUAUAAUGAAAACACUGAACUCAUUCAAUGACAUUAUUUCAACUCGAAAUAAUACUUGUGGUGGUAGCCACCUGUUUACGCCAAUGGCCGACAGAAUAGUAAACUCGACGGAAUUUAAAAACGUUUUUUUAAUUGCUUGUGCCGCUGGUCCCCUAACCGAUAGAAACAGCAAGGAAAUCUUCUAUUUCCUUGCUAAGAUAAAAGAUGUACCUGAUGACUAUGUGCUGGGAAGUUCUCGAGCUCCCCUAGCUUCGGCUUCUAUGGCGGGAACUUCUCUCGCGGCUCCCGUUCAGCUAAGUUUUCGGCGUUCGCCUGUUGAUCAGUUACGUUCAUUGAAUGAUAAACUGAAAGCAGAGCUGGACGCAGUUAAAAAAAACUAUGCUGAAGCAAAUGAACGGAUUGCGGAGUUAACUCGGCAGAAUGUUGCGUUAACUCAACAAAAUGUUGAGUUAACUCAACAACAUGUUGAAUUAACUCAACAAAAUGUUGAUUUGUCUCAGCAAGUUGCUGAGCUGAUCGAAACGAGGAAUGGACUUCAGCAGAUCAUCAUUCAGUUGAAUGAUGACCGGGCUGAAGUAAAACGAUUAUUUGAUGAGCUGAAGCAACAACAACUUGAAACUGAAAGAAAUCUUCAGGAGCAAACUGCGAAUGCAAGAAAUCUUCAGUUUCAAAUUGAUGAGCUAAGGAGGCGCAGUAAUCGCCGUUCCUCGAUUUCUGUGGUGGCGCGAAGAAGUUCUUCAAGUAGUGCACAUAGUCAUCCUGACAGUCACGAACAAAACAGCGACGUACCAGACAGUAGUAAUGGGGCUAGCGAUGAUGAAAAUAAUACUGACCACGAAACUGACACAAACGAACGAACUGACGCUGAUGACCACAUUGACAGUGACAAUGACAGGGCUAGUCAUGGUAGUACCGCGGCUGCUAAUUUACCUGGAAGUGAUGGAGAUGAAGAAGAAGAUGACAACGACGCACGCGCUGGUAUCGACGCACGCGCUGGUAACGACGCACGCGCUGAUGACGCACGCGCUGAUAACGACGCACGCGCUGGUAACGACGCACGCUCUGAUAACGACGCACGCGCUGGUAACGACGCACGCGCUGGUAACGAUGACGACGCCGGGAAUGAUGAUCGUAGAGCCAGUAACUCUGAUGAAGGCAAUGGUGGUGAUGAAGGCAAUGGUGGUAAUGAUGGUGGUGAUGAUGGUGGAGACGGUGGUGGAGAUGGAGGUGGUGAUGAUGGUAGUAAUGAUGGUGGUGAUGAUGGGGGUGAUGCUGCUGAUGUCGAAGGUUAUUUGGAGAACCAUGAUUGGAAAGCAGAAUUUGAGGACCCAGCUAAUACCGCGAUGGGUAUUCGGGGCUUGAAAGUACCUGCUUUUGAAAUAGACAAAAGUUACUUUCAAGUCGCCGAUAGGGCCACAUUUUCUGCUUUCCAGUGGGAACAAAUAAUCAUCGACAUCGGCAACGGAAAGUAUCACUGCACUAUUUGCAAUACAGACGAGCGUGUCAGCAAUUUGAAAGUACAUGUGCUGGAAAAGCAUUGCAACAAUCGUCUGUAUUGCAAAAAGUGUAAAUUGCCCAUUGCUGGAAUCAGGCACAUUGCUUAUCAUCAGAGAGCAUGCAAAGGCGUAGUACACAUUUGCACUAGGUGCGGGGAGAGUUUCGGCGCCAAAAAUUUGGCAUUAUUCCACCACCAUAAGUGUACGCCUCAUCUCCCCGUACCUAAAAAACUACAAUACCGGCGUCGUGAUCGUUUACCACGUUAAAAUGUCAUGUAGUAUAUCAAGAAAAUAUUUUUGAAGACAAAAGUUUUCGGGAACCAAGUCAAGAUUUUCUUGAGCCAAAAGAAUUCGUCUUGGUUGGAGAAGAUUUCUACUUUAUCUGAGAAAAUUUAGGUCUCCAAAAAAAUUUUCUUGAAUCAAGAAUAUUUACCUUCAGUUAAGAAUAUUUUUUUUGUUUGUAUAAAUACUUGCGUACUUGCGUGUCCCAGCGGUGUUAUGUUAUUUGCGGUAGAUAUUUACGAAUCUUCAAUUAUUAUCUGUGAACACUUGGGAUUUACUGUGACAUUAUUGUUUGUUUUAUUUAUUAUUUUUGCGGUAAAUAUCUACACGUAUGUGAUUAUUAUUUGCGAGCAUUCUUUAUUAUUUUGAGUUAAAUAUUUUACAAUUUUUUAUACAUCAUUAGUGAUUCUUUAUUAUUUUUGCGUUAAAUAUUUAAUAUUAUCAUCAGUGAUCAAUUAUUAUUUGUGAUAAAUAUUUACAUUGAUGUGAUUAUUAUUUGUGAUCAUUUCUUAUUAUUUGCGUUGAUUAUUUACAAUUAUUGGAUUAUUAUUUGUGAUCAUUUCUUAUUAUUUGCGUUGAUUAUUUACAAUUAUUGGAUUAUUAUUUGUGAUCAUUUCUUAUUAUUUGCGUUGAUUAUUUACAAUUAUUGGAUUAUUAUUUGUAAUCACUGGUGAUUUAGUGCGAAAAUACUAUUUGUGAGAAUUCAUUGUUUUGCUGUAACUAUUUGUUAUUAUUAUCAGCGCUUAUUUAUUAUUUGCGGUAAAUAGUUACCAAUGAUUAAAGUAUUAAAUUAUUUAUGCGUAUUAUCUAAUUAUAAUUUGUGGUAAAAUUAUAUUUGUGUGCACAACAUUAUUAUUUAUAUUUAUUUACAUUUAUUUGCUAUCACGUGCGAGUGAUACCAAGCUGUACAAUUAUUAGAAGUAUUAAUUUUGCGUCAUGUGACCAUUGGUUAAGCGUUUUAACGGCUAUUUUGCACACACCACACUCCGCCGUGGGUUGUGGAAAAUAGUAGUGAACAUUAUAAUGUAUAAACACUAUAUAUGUUGAUUUUGAUAGAUCCUUUUUUACUCUAUACGCUAAUUAUUAUUAUUGUUAUUAUCAAAACAGUUAUAUAUUUAUGGAUUUAUUUGUAUAUUUUUUUAUUUAUUAAAUACUUAAUUAUUAAAUAAUUCUCUGAGAAAUAUAAAAUUUUGUUUAAACUUGGGCAUUAAUACUGUGAUUCGAAAUUAAUUCAGAUUCCGUGAUAAAUUUGUUAUAUUUAUCAGUAAAAAUUGAAUCACUUUUCAUAUCAUUUUAUUGAACUAAAUGUUUAGUGAAAAACAUAUAUGUUAACAUAAAUAACAAAUAAAU